GUUUAUUUAUUAAAAAAUAAAAAAUUGUACACCACAAAAAAUAGUUUAUCACAAAAUUUGUUUUUUAAUACGAGAAUCUGUUUGAAAUUAAUAGGAAUUAAAAAGUAAUUUGAAGCAACUACCCCCAAAUCCUCAUCUCUCUCUAUGAAAUGGCCCCCUCCGCUGAUCCCACAACUUGGGUCCACGAAUCCUCUAUCAUCAAAGAGGAUGAACUUUGAGAAAUGGCCGAAUUUCUGGGCAGAGGCUUCCGGAUCCACCAUCCUGAUGCUGUCGGAGGAAUCAGUCUAUCUCAUAAUUCGGACCCCCAGAAGCUUUUGGGUUCCCCCUGGUCAACUGACCGUGAAUGCGCACAAGUAUGUCGGGUCCUACAUCUUGUGGUGUUGUGCCCUGGAUAGAACCCCAACCCUAGACAAAUUCCUCGUCCUUUUCAACAUCGAUGGGGCUUUCCCUUAUUAUAAUCUGUUCCCUCAUCCCCAAUCUCCGGCCUUUGAGAGGGUUGAGUCCAAAAUUGACAAGUGGGCCCACCGCUACUUCGUCAUCGAGUUCCCGGUGCAUAGCCCCAUACAUUUGCCGGGUACAGUACGCCGGAGUUCUCUCUCCCGGACUCCGUUCGCAGCCAUACCCCAGGCGGAGGCAGCACUCAACGCCCUGGGAGAGGAGGGGGGCCUGAUUUCAUAUCACUCCCUUCAGGACGCCAGGUGGUACAAGAAGGCGGAUUUCUACUACCCUCUUGGUCCUGUCCCCAUCCCAUUUGAAGGGGUAUCUUCCCCUGAAAGGUCAAAGGCUUCUCCCGUAGUGGAAUCUCAUCCAGCCGAGAGCUCCUCAGGGAACCAGGCCCAAGGUAACGCUACUGCCUUGGCCAUUUGCAAACCGUCAGCUACCCUAGAUUCCAUUCCCAUCUCUACCAUUCCUGGGCUAAGGAAGCCCACACCAUCCCGGAGGCGGCCACGGGAAGGGGUCACUGAUGACGACUUCCUCCCAAAGAAAAGUAAAGGUGAUGGUAUUCCUGCUUUGCUCAGCCCCCUGAUUGCCUCUUCUGGUACUCAGAAUACCACCACUGCUGCUGCAUCCGGAGCUACUUCCCAAGGGGUGGAGGAAGAAGCUGAGAGGCAGAAGGAACCAGAUGCUUUCCCUGCGAUGGAGAAAGAUGUUGGAGGGCAGAAAAAGACGGAAGCUUCCCCAGAGAUGGAGAGAGAGGUUGGGAAACAGCAGGAACCGGAGGAGCAGCGUUCCGCCGCAACACCCCCAGCCUUCAACCUCCCCAUCCGGCGCAAGUUCACGCCACAAACCUACCCUGCCUUUAAGGAGGGUUGGGUAGGUUUUUCUCGCAGUUUGAACUCCCUGCAGGCCUCCCACUGGACCAUCCAGGCGAACCUAGAGAAGAUGAGGGAAUCAAUGCAGGAGCCCAUAAUCCCCCAGGCACGCCCUGACCUACUUGCCCUCAAUGCCUUACACUCCAUGGAGCAGGCCCAACAAUCACUCCUCACCCUGACUGAGGAGUACCUGUGUGGAGCAUGGGGAAAUUAUCGGGCCAUGGUGGUCCUGAAGGAAAAGGAGUUGGCCGCCAGGGCUCUACAACAUAGAGUUGGUUCCCUAGAACAACAAGUCCGGGCCCUUCAAGAAGAGAAUGCCAAGCUCAAGGCAGAUGGCUCGGCGGAACUGAUGGCUGAAAGGUCCAGGGUCAAGUCCCUGCAAGAGCAGAUUGCUAUCUGCCAAAGGGGGACCCAAGAUCUGGAAACGCAGUUCGACAAACUCCGGGCACAAAUCUCCAGCCUGGAGUCAAAAACCUCGGAUUUAGAAGACAAAGUGGGGAGUCUAAAAGCCGAAAUCCCGGAUCUUGCCCUCAAGAAAUUGGAGAAGGAGAGGAAAACUGCCAAUGAGCUCCGGUCAAAGAUGGGAGAACUGGAGAAGACUAUGGCUUCCCAUCAAGAGGAGGUGGCUGCCUUGACCGCCCGGGAUGAGGCCCUUUACGAAGACAUAAAACUUGACAUGCGACACUGCAUCUACGAGGCAAUCCGGAGCGGACUCCCGGCCCACCGGUCAUUGGAUGACUUCAUCUCCUACUAUGGCUUGACUCUUCCUCUUCCUCCCCCAGAUUCUCAUGCCAAUCAGGAGCCUUGAUUUCCUUUCUCUCCAACAAUUGUUGUAAUUUUAUUUUGUAACAUUUAAAGGGUAGCAACUUUGUAACGAUUGUAGCACUUUGUCCUUUUCCAGUGUCUCUUUUGUAUUUAUAUCCCUGUAGACUCUUUCCAUUGAGCUAACUGUUCUCUUUUUGGGGCUUUUAUCCCGUUUUGGGACUUAGAAAAAAUUUUAUCUGCUUUA